UACAGGGCUUUCCGCCUUUCCAUAUUCUAAAACUCGUCUCCGUUGCUCGAAGGCCGUCUCUCAGCUAACAGAACAUAGCAAGCUUAUCGAAGUAGUGAAUCUAGGUUUUGGUCUUCCCUACAACUCCCAAUCUCAGUGCUUAAUGGCGCCCGUUCUUAGUAGGAGCUUGGCCUCAGCUUCAAUUGCCUCUCUUCCUCCGUCAUCAUGUUUUCCAAUGAAUAACCGCAGUAGAGUUCUGAGAUUGAGAACUGCUUUUCUACCCCGAAAUGUUCUGAGAAAUGGGACUCCUGGGGCUGGGUUGAAGUGGAAGCUCGAAAAGAGGGACAGUCGAAUGGUUGUCCGAUGUGCGGCUGCUGUCGCAGAGAAAGAAGCCGCUGAGACUUCUGGGGAGAAAUUCGAGUAUCAGGCGGAGGUUAGUCGGCUCAUGGAUCUAAUAGUUCACAGUCUUUAUAGUCACAAGGAAGUGUUUCUUCGAGAGCUCGUGAGUAAUGCAAGUGAUGCUCUAGAUAAGUUGAGAUUUUUAAGUGUGACUGAGCCCUCUCUUCUUGGAGAUGCUGGUGAACUGGAGAUACGCCUCAAGCCUGAUCCAGAAAAUGGGACCAUUACUAUAACAGACACAGGGAUUGGACUGACCAAAGAAGAGCUUGUUGACUGUCUUGGAACCAUUGCUCAGAGUGGAACAUCAAAAUUCUUGAAGGCUGUGAAGGAGAAUAAAGAUCUUGGAACAGACAAUGGUUUGAUUGGUCAAUUUGGAGUUGGAUUCUAUUCCGCAUUCCUUGUUGCUGACAAGGUUGUUGUGUCUACAAAGAGCCCAAGGUCAGAUAAGCAGUAUGUCUGGGAAGCCGUUGCUGAAAGUAGUUCAUAUGUGAUAAGAGAAGAAACUGAUCCUGAAAAGCUGCUACAGCGUGGAACACAGAUUACCUUAUACCUAAGGCCAGAUGAUAAAUUUGAAUUCUCGGAGCCUACUAAGAUUCAAAGUUUGGUGAAGAAUUACUCACAGUUUGUUUCCUUCCCUAUUUACACUUGGCAAGAGAAAUCAAGGACUGUAGAGGUGGAAGAGGAAGAAGAACCAAAAGAGGGAGAAGAACCAAAAUCAGAGGGAGAGAAGAAGAAGAAGACCAUAACAGAGAAGUAUUGGGAUUGGGAAUUAGCAAAUGAAACAAAACCGAUAUGGAUGCGGAAUUCGAAAGAAGUUUCAGAGGAUGAAUAUCGUGAGUUCUAUAAGAAGACAUUCAAUGAGUUCUUGGACCCACUUGCAUACACCCACUUCACAACAGAGGGUGAGGUGGAAUUUAGAAGUGUUCUUUACAUUCCUGGCAUGGCACCUCUUAACAACGAGGACAUUGUAAACCCUAAGACGAAGAAUAUACGUCUGUAUGUCAAGCGUGUAUUUAUUUCGGAUGACUUUGAUGGUGAACUGUUUCCACGGUACUUGAGCUUUGUAAAGGGGGUGGUAGAUUCAAAUGACCUUCCCCUUAAUGUUUCUAGAGAAAUUCUUCAGGAAAGCCGAAUUGUAAGGAUUAUGAGAAAGAGGCUUGUAAGGAAAACAUUUGACAUGAUUCAGGAGACAGCUGAUGGUGAAAAUAAAGAGGAUUACAAAAAAUUCUGGGAGAACUAUGGGAAAUUUAUCAAGUUGGGCUGCAUCGAGGAUUCAGGGAAUCACAAGCGCAUAACACCUUUGUUAAGGUUCUACUCUUCCAAAAGUGAGGAAGACUUGAUUAGCUUAGAUGACUAUUGUGAGAACAUGGGGGAAAACCAGAAGGCUAUCUACUACUUGGCUACAGACAGCUUGAAAAGUGCCAAAACUGCACCGUUCUUGGAGAAGUUGCUUCAAAAGGAUAUUGAGGUCCUAUUUCUGAUAGAGCCUAUUGAUGAAGUUGCCAUCCAGAACCUACAAACAUACAAAGAAAAGAAAUUUGUGGACAUAAGCAAGGAAGACUUAGAGUUAGGUGAUGAGGAUGAAGUAAAGGAAAGGGAAAACAAGCAAGAGUACAAUCUUCUUUGUGACUGGAUAAAGCAACAGCUUGGUGAUAAAGUGGCUAAGGUGCAAGUCUCAAAGCGUCUCAGUUCAUCUCCCUGUGUGCUUGUCUCUGGAAAGUUUGGAUGGUCUGCUAAUAUGGAAAGGCUUAUGAAAGCACAGACCCUUGGAGACACCUCAAGCUUGGAGUUCAUGAGAGGGAGAAGAAUAUUGGAGGUCAAUACAGAUCAUCCCAUUAUUAAAGACCUAAAUGCUGCAUGCAAGAAUGCCCCAGAAAGUGCUGACGCCAAAAGAGCUGUUGACCUCUUAUAUGAGACGGCCUUAAUUUCCAGUGGAUUCUCUCCUGACAGUCCAGCUGACUUGGGUAACAAGAUAUAUGAGAUGAUGGCAAUUGCCCUUGGAGGGCGAUGGGGAAGAUCAGAUUCAGAGGAUGCAGAAACAGAGGAAUCUGAUGUGGGUUCGGUUGAGACCUCAAAUGCGGAAGUGGUUGAGCCAUCAGAAGUGAGGACAGAGAGUGAUCCUUGGCAGGGUUGAUAAAUUUUGGUAGCUUUUUGAAUUUAGGAUUGUUGUUUUGGCUUUGUUUAUGAUUUUUUUUAUCAAGGUUUAUGCUAAGGCAUUGUAAGCUGAGGCAUGAGGGGAUAAAGCCAUUAGAGAAGUUGAGAGCGAUCAAUUGUAAUUGUGGUAGAAACAUAUAAAACUCUACCAUCAAGAGGUGAAAGAGUAUUCAAAUCCUUC